CACAUUCUGACGCCGGCAUUCCAAAUUCUCCACCGGAGCUUCCCUACCAGUUUCCGCCUUCUUCUUCUUCUUCUUCUUCGCUCUGAGGGAAGCUUUGAUGGAAAAACGUAAACCUACGGAGGAAACCGUAUCAGCGUCGUUGAAGAAGCUUGAUUUGAGCUCGACCGCUUCCAAUCCCAAUUCCUCUCGUUCCAUUUCAACCCUUCAAUCCUCCAGAUUUCGUAGGGAGAAGGGAAGGCCUCCAAGCUUGGUGAGCUUGUGCGUUGGAGUUCUAGGCAGGCACCUGGAGGAUGUAAUUGGAGAAUUGAGGGAGAUUUCUGUGGGAUUUCCCGCUCACAUUAAGCUUGCGAUUGUAGCGAUUGCCCGGAGGCGGAAAUUGUUGAAUGAUGAUCUGAUCCUUUCUUUAGUCGACAGUUCCUGGGAAAUUCUUGACAUUUCCGGGUCAGAUGUUACUGAUACCUGUUUGGCUGAAGUUUCCAAAAUAUGCAGUCGAAUCAGGGCUGUAGAUAUAAGGUUUGUGGUGGUUUAUAUAACUCUUUCAUUUUGCAGCCGGUGUUUUCAGAUUACCCCUGCUGGUGUCUCUGAACUAGUACAACACUGCAAGUUGUUGAACACAUUGAGAUGGGGAGGAUGCCCAAGGAGCAAUUACACUGCACGUCGUAGUUUGGGUAUACUGAAGCCAGAGCUAAUUGACCUGGAGGGAGAUUCCUGGGAGGAACUGGAUGCUGCAGAAAUUGCUCAUGGUGCUGAAUCCCUUCGGUGGCUUCUUUGGCCAAUGAUUGAUAACGACUCACAAGAAACGCUAGCCACCGAAUGCCCACGUAUCAUAGUCAAUCCCAAGCCCUCGCCUUUAGGUUUCCGCGGAUUUGAUGUCCCCAUUGAAGCACACUCAGAUACUGCGUUGGACGAUUCAAUUGUGAAGGAUAUUAGUCCCACCACAUGGGCUGUAGGUGGAUUCGCGCCAAGGUCUAUUUCGCCAUGCAUUUCAGGCACUCCCGGGAUAGAGCUGUCGAUGGCGGAAAGAUUCAGGCUUGCAUUUCUUGAUAGAGACACGAGGUUGGCCCCUAAGCGAGCAAAGAACGCCAGGCAACGUCAGCGUCGUGCUGAGAGGGAGAUGUUGAUGAGUAGCACGAAUGCCAAGGCUAUAGCUCUGGCCUCCAGAGCUACCAAAUCAUUCCAUGGUUAAACCAAAAAGCAAACAACCUUCUACACAAACUUCGGCCAGCCUCGCACUGUUGUAUUUUUGGUUUGGAAGGUGUAACAUACGUACAUAUUUCUGUAGUAUACCAGACUUUGACCAAGAAAGGUUAUGUUUCGGGCCUUUUGGCAGUCAGCCUGUGAGUUGAGAAGAUUUGCAGCACUCAUUAUUUGAACAAGCUCACAAAUGUAUUAGACUCAGAUAUCACAGCUCUUUUCAGAUUUGAGAGAUCUAAACAGUGAAAUAACUUUGCGACUGAACCAUUUCCACUCAAAAUGCUUAAGUUCAU